UCCGUCAAAAUCCAUCUCCUCCGCUCCACGGUUUCCUCUCCAUCGUUCCCUUUCCUCCUUUCCUCUUUCCUCUUUUGUUCCCCUUUCUUCGUCUCCCGAGUCCUCCCUCCCUGUGGACCUGACCUACCCCCCAAUCCGCCGGCGCCUCCUCACCCCCACGACCCAUCCGCCUCUCACGCGCGCGCCGCCGCCGUCUCCGUACCCGUCCUACCCCGGCGCGUCUCAACCCCGCUCGCAAUUUUGGCCAUUGGCUUCUCAGAUGAUGAACAGUGUAUCAGCAGCCAACACAAGAGUCUAAUCAUAGCAACUCAGUCUCUUACCAACUGCAAAUGGAAUUAGGUGGAAACAAUAUGGGCUCAAAUGAUGGAGCAAACAGCAAAGCUAGCUUGGCAGCGAGGCAGCGGUUACGAUGGACAGAUGAGUUGCAUGAACAAUUUGUUGAGGCUGUUACUCAACUUGGUGGUCCUGAUAGAGCAACUCCUAAAGGAGUUUUGAGGAUUAUGGGUACACCAGGAUUGACAAUAUACCAUGUGAAAAGUCAUUUGCAGAAAUACAGGCUAGCGAAGUAUAUUCCCGACUCUUCAACUGAUGGUAACAAGUCUGAUAACAAAGAUCCAGGGGAUUCACUCGCAGGACUUGAUGGUUCCUCUGGGUUGCAGAUAUCUGAAGCCCUCAAGCUUCAGAUGGAGGUUCAAAAGCGGUUGCAUGAACAGUUAGAAGUACAAAGGCAGCUGCAGCUGCGAAUUGAGGCACAGGGCAAGUACCUCAAGAAGAUCAUAGAAGAGCAGCAGCGUUACGGUGGCAUAAAAUCUGAAACACCUGGAGCUGGCGGUACUGCCACGGUGUCAAGUGAUCAAUUCCCCGACUCCGAGAGGACAGACCCCUCGACUCCUGCACCCACAUCUGAAUCAUCUCAAGGUGUACCUUUCAAAAGGGACAAUGGAGGCCAAACCGAAGCAACGAAGAGCCCAUGUCAUGAUGAACAACUAACCACAGAUUCAAACUGUCAUCCUGGCUCUCCUACGGUCAGUCCGAAGCAUGAGAGGGCAGCAAAGAGGCAGCGAGGCAAUGGCACUGAAUUCUCGGAGGCCGACCUCUCCCUCCCGCAGCAUAUCUUCGAGUCGAGCUCAGGGCCAGAGUUCCAGCAAUGUUCAGUGCCCUACUCAGGCCAUUAGCCUCUGGCGAUUCUAUUCUUAGAAUGUUGUCAUAUCAAGGGAUCUGUACUUUGACAAAGUUGUAGGUGUUUUGAGGUGAUUGUUUACAUGAUCCAUACACAUGACAUGUAUCUAUGUUUGUAGCGUCUUGACAUGUAACUUAUUGGCAGAUGAGUUGGCAAAUUUGGGGGCAUCGUUAGCCUGUUUACAUACUACGUUUUCAACUUCUGUUGUUGUAGUAAUAACCCUGACUUGACAAAAGUGUUAACACUCAGUUUCUCUCCCUUGUAUUGUUAUGGUGAAAAGAGCUUUAGUGAUUAUUAUUUACUCGA